CUUAAUAAUAAUUUUCUUUCGUUCGUUCGAAACACAGAAAUUUUCCUUAUCGAAUUAUUUAUUGUUCAGUUCAGUGUUUCAUGCUUGCGAGAGUUGUCAUCGCGGUCGCUUGCUCGUCGUCGUCGUCAUCGUCUGUAAAUACAUGAAACGCAGGAAAAAUAAAAAAUAAUAGAAUGAAAAAUCAGGUUAUAUAACAGCAACGAAGGAUUACAGAUUGCAAAUUGCAGUGAAAAAUAAGAGACAGUGCUUUUUAUUGAUAAACAAAUGAUUAAUAUCUAAUUGAUGUGCAGCUUAAACAUUUAUUCUAAUUGAAAAAAAUGAAGAUUGAUUGUUUAUGACAGUAUUGUCGCAUUGAAUUAGUUGUUUGAAGCGAAAAAAAAAUAAUAAAAUUGAAACCGGGACUUUUUUUUUAUCAAAAACAGCUGUGAAAGUGCGGAAAAAAUGACAUUAGUAUUGGUCUAAUUAGUCAAAUCAACUUCACAUGUGCUGUGUCUAAAGCGAAAGUUCAUAAAUGCCAAAUCUCGAAUCGCACAGAGGAUUGAUAAGGGAAGACCUGAAUGAAAAGAGUGACGAUGCAUUCCGAGAAAUAAUCGUCAGCUGUAGGUCCUUGAGUAAAUAUGAGUCAAACACGUUUAAAAGUGCUCUGCCACAGGUCAUUUGUAGUAUCAUAGCAGCAUCAUUUCACAUUGUCAUCGGUAUUGCUCUCUCGUUUUCGGCAAUUUUCAUUCCGCAAGCCGAAAGUCCGGACAGCGACUUGCCCGUAACGCAAACACAGUCCUCAUGGGUCGCAUCCAUCAUCGUCCUUGUUGGACCUGUUGCUUCAAUAUCAGCUGGCUUUAUCAUGGAUGCCAUUGGUCGUCUCAAUACGAUAAAGUUAGCUGCAAUUCCUGCCAUUAUCGGAUGGAUAUUGAUUGCGGCAGCUAAUAAUGUGGCGAUGGUGCUGAUUGGAAGAGUGCUGACUGGAUUUGGGUGCAUAAUUGGAACAAGUCCUGCCGUUGUUUACAUUACCGAAGUCGCGAGACCCGACUUAAGAAGCUCUCUAAUCUCAAUGGGUCCAACAUUGGCCUCGUUAGGCAUGGUAAUUGGCUACACGAAGGGAGCUUUAUUGAACUGGCGUUACUUAAGUUGGAUCAGUAUCGCAUACUGUGUGGUUCCCGCAGUGCUAAUUCAAAUUUUUGUCGUCGAGUCACCGGUAUGGCUUGUUGGAAAAGGACGAAUGGAAGACGCAGCACGUGGUUUGAAACAUUUGUACAAGAAUUAUCCGCAACCGGAUCACACGAAUGAAUCUCUUGCUGAUAUGCACUUGAACGCGUUGAUACGCGAAAAGGAAGCAAAGCGUCAGGAACGAAUGCGACGGAAUUCCAAGUCCGACGACGAAAAUGACAUGAAAACUCGUCCCAAGUGGACUGGACUACUCAAACCCACAGGAUACAAACCACUUCUCAUCUUGAGUGGAUUAUUUAUUUUGCAACAAUUUAGUGGCAUCUAUAUUACUUUGUUCUAUGCAGUAACAUUUUUUCAGGAAAUUGGAACGGAUAUUGAUGCAUACACGUGCAGUAUCCUGUUUGGCGUUACGCGUUUAAUAAUGUCAGUUUCGAAUGCCUGGUUAUUGAAUAAGUACAAAAGACGUGCUUUAUUGAUGGUGUCUUCAAUUGGAAUGGCAAUUUGCAUGGCAUUUUCUGGUUUAGCGACGUACAUGAUAAAAACUGGACAUGACACUCCAAGCUGGAUUCCUGUGAUAUUUUUACUCUUAUAUGUCUGCACGUCCAUGAUUGGUCUUUUAACGAUCCCCUGGACCAUGACAGCCGAACUGUUUCCGAAUGAAAUUCGUGGUAUCGCACACUCCAUUUCGUACUCUCUUUCAAAUAUUUUUAUGUUUGCCGCUGUUCAAACAUAUCGUCCCUUUCAAGCUUUCCUCGGUAGUCCGCAAGCCUUGCAAUGGUUCUUCGCUGCAGUCUCGGUCGUUGCCUUCUUCUACGCCUUAUUUAUCAUCCCCGAAACUCACGGAAAGAAGUUGCAAGAAAUUGAAGCGUACUUUACCAAGCCCGCAAAAUCAGGCAGCAGCACAAAACGCGCACCGGAACCCAAAAAGGAGAAUCUUAUCAUGCAACCACGAUUAAAUACCAUUAGUGAAACGGAAGUCAUGCUGAAAGAUGACAUCAACAACAAAACUUGAAUGAACAAAAGGUGCCAGAAGUGCCUGAAAGACAAAAUAAUUUUCGUAUUAAUUAGUACCAGUAUUGAUUAUUAUGUAUUAUCAUAUGAAUAGUUAAGGAAAUAUUUUUAGCACGAAAAUUUUCCACUAAUUUAAAUGAAACACGAGACGAGCUACCGAUUUGAAUGUAAGAAAAUGCGUGAAAUAAAUUAUUUUUCUGUG